UGCAGCUCAGCCAGGAAAGAAGAGUUCCCGGGCAUAUAUUUUUCACUUUUUAUCAUUCCGUGUCUGCACUUCGGUCCGAGACUGAUAUUGCAUUGGGGUCAAACGGAGAUAAACGAGGAAGACAAGAACGACCCUCUCUCCCCUCUGCCAUCAUGAUGUCCAUGAAUAGCAAACAGCCUUUUAGUAUGCAUCCAAUUUUACACGAACCGAAAUACUCACCUCUGCAUUCCAGCUCGGAGGCCAUCCGGAGAGCAUGUUUGCCCACACACUCGCUUCAGGGUAAUAUUUUCGCCGGCUUUGAUGAGACCCUGCUCCAGAGAGCCGAGGCGCUAGCAGCCGUGGACAUCGUCGCUCAAAAGAGCCAUCCGUACAAACCAGAUGCCACUUACCACACCAUGACCACCAUGACGAGCAUGACCUGCACACCCACGUCCUCCUCUGGGCACCUUCAUCACCCGUCCGUGCUGACCUCUCAUCACCACCAUCAUCCCCAUCACCAGUCGACACAGGGCCUGGAGGGCGACCUGCUCGAGCACCUCGCCCCUGGCAUCUCCAUCGGAGGCAUGUCGGGCACUGACGUUUGUUCCAGCGCUUCCCACCCGCAUUCGCACAUGUCGGCCAUAAACCACAUGCAGCAUCACCACCAAAGUAUGAGCAUGCACCCCCACGGUCUUGGGUCUCACACCUCCCUGGGCGGCGGUGUAGACUGCGAGCCCGAUCCGAGGGAGCUGGAGUCUUUCGCCGAGCGCUUCAAGCAGAGGCGGAUCAAACUCGGGGUCACUCAGGCAGACGUGGGCUCGGCUUUAGCCAAUCUUAAAAUACCUGGGGUGGGAUGCCUGAGUCAGAGUACUAUCUGUCGAUUCGAGUCCCUCACUUUGUCUCACAAUAACAUGGUGGCCCUCAAACCCAUCCUCGAAGCGUGGUUAGAGGAGGCGGAGAGGGCGCAGAGAGAGAAAAUGGCCAAGCCGGAGAUUUUCAACGGAGGGGACAAAAAGAGAAAACGCACUUCAAUCGCCGCUCCGGAGAAGCGCUCGCUCGAGGCUUACUUUGCCGUCCAGCCCAGGCCCUCGUCGGAGAAAAUAGCUGCCAUAGCCGAGAAACUGGACCUGAAAAAGAACGUCGUCCGGGUGUGGUUUUGUAAUCAAAGGCAAAAGCAGAAAAGGAUGAAGUUUUCUGCGACACACUAGGCCAGAAUAUUGUAUUUAAAUAAACUCAACCAUCAGACAGACACAACCUUGAAUAGGGCGACCAAACUCUUCGAGAGGAACGGGAGCUGGCUGUGAACAUCGUGGAGACCAAUAGUGUUCCAAAAGUUUGUCAAGGAACAACGGGUAAAGAAGACGUGACGACAAACGUUUUGGAAAAUUGAGGACGAGAGGAAAAGUCACCAACUGAACGUUGCAAUUAUUGUACAAAACGAGAAUUGAAUAAUAAUGAUUAUUCUCUUAACUGAAAAUAACUCUUUUAUAUUCAUCUGUGUACAUAUCUGUGAAUACACCGCACCUAUUUGUGUGAAGAACACAUCUAAAUUUUGUUUUUUAUUGAUAAAAGAUAAAAAAAAACGCAGUUGUGCAAAAAUUCCCAUUCUAGAAACCUUAGUGUUAUUCUAUUUGCUUCUGAAGAAAAUCAUGAAGGUUCUGCUGUGAUCCAUCGCAUGGUUUACAGGGCGUUAAGUGUUCAUUUACAGUUGAAAAUUUCCCUUCGUUUUGAUGUAUUGCAAUAAGAGAGAACACGCGCACAGACGAACGCACGUACACACGGACAUACUUAGUAUAAUUUUCUGUGUCUUACCUCAUGAUAACUGACGUCUUGACACCCUCAUAGUUAUUUUGGAAAUUGGGCAUAAAAACAACUUUUAUAGUUUUCAUUUUUACACAUUUUUGGGAAGAUUAGAAAGAAAACACGAAACUUAAUUUCACUUCAACGAUGCUUUGACAAUCAAAUUAUUUCAAAUAAUUAUGUUGUGAUAGCCCCUUCUACAGUAUGUUUACACUUUUUAUUUAUUUUAAUUUAUAUUAUAAUUAUUUUAUUAUUAUUAUUAUAAGUGACUACAUUUGUAGAUGGGAACAUUUCAUUGCAUACUCAGAGAUUCAUUGCACUUUGUAGAUACGAUUCCGAUUUGUUAUUUGUUUGGUCUAUUUAUAUUUCUACUGAUUUUGUCGUUUACUUAUUUAUUUGAUCU